CACCACCAACACCACCAGGCUCCAGCUCCCACCUUAUACUCCUUCAAACUCCCCCUUCCAUUCAUCUAUCUGCCUUGACAAUCCACCACGCUCCGUCAUAAUCAUCAGAACUAGCCACCAUGACCAAGCAAACCCCCGAAUCCCUUCGAACCCGCGCCUCCAACCUCUCCCUCCGCAUGCAGGCCUUGUCUGGGCCAAACUCCCCAGCCAUGGCCACGACCCCCAGGCACUCAAAGCCCCAGACCCCGACGCCGACGCCGAAUGCCACAACCACGACACCAAUCCCUAGCGAAUUCAUCAUCGCCGACAUGGCAAACCGCCCAUCCUCCGAAAACCUCCUCUGCCCACCCUGCCUCUCGACCCUCCCCUCCCCCAACCGCCUCGCCGUCCAGCUAGUCUCCCCCGAGAGCUGCCGCCUCUGCGCCCUCCGCACCGGCAACCCCGGCGCCUACACCAAGCCCUUCUGCGACUUCAUCACCGACAACCCGACCGUCUUCCACACCGUCGCCCACUUCCGCUCCCAGCUUAGCGCCGCCGGCUACGAGGAGCUGCCCGCCCGCGACGCCUGGGCCGGCCGCCUCCGCCCCGGCGGGAAAUACUGGACCACCCGCAACGGCAGCGCCCUCAUCGCCUUCGCCGUCGGAAAAGCCUACAAGCCGGGCAACGGCGUCGCCAUGAUCGCCGGCCACAUCGACGCCCUCACCGCCCGCCUCAAGCCCAUCAGCUCCCGCCGCAACGCCGCCGGCUACGUCCAGCUCGGCGUCGCCCCCUACGCCGGCGCCCUCAACUCGACCUGGUGGGACAGGGAUCUUAGCAUGGGCGGCCGCGUCGUCGUCCGCGAUCCCGACUCGGGGAAGACCGCCGUCCGCCUCGUCAAGCUGGGCUGGCCCGUCGCCCGCAUCCCCACCCUCGCCCCGCACUUUGGGGUGGGCAUGACCGGCAGCGCGAACAAGGAGACCGAAAUGGCCCCCAUCAUCGGGCUCGACAACUCCGACCUCGCCCUCGACGGCAUCUCCUCGUCGUCUUCCGAAAACGUCCCCGCCCCCGCCCCCGAACCCGAACCCCUCGGCCCUCCCGGCUCCUUCGUCAGCAGCCAACCCCCCAAGCUGGUGAAGCUCAUCGCCUCCGAGCUCGGCCUCUCCUCCCCUUCCUCCAUCCUCGACUGGGACCUCGAGCUGUACGACAGCCAGCCCGCCCAGACCGGCGGCCUGGACCGCGAAUUCAUCUUCGCCCCGCGCAUCGACGACAAGCUCUGCAGCUGGUCCGCCCUCACCGCCCUCCUCGCCGCCUCCGACCGUCUUGACCACGGCCACAUCAAGCUCGUCGCCCUCUUCGACAACGAAGAAAUCGGCUCCCUCCUCCGCCAGGGCGCGCGGGGCAACUUCCUCCCCCAAACCAUCGAACGCGCCGUCGAGUCCCUCGCCUCUUCGUCCUCGUCCUCGUCCUCCUCCUCCUCUUCGUCGCCUUCGUCGUCUGGGCCAGGGCCGGCCGGAACAGACACCAUGGCCCGCACCUACGCCUCCUCCUUCCUCCUCUCCGCCGACGUAACCCACGCCGGCAACCCCAACUUCCUCUCCCGCUACCUCGACGCCCACAUCCCCCGCCUCAACGUCGGCCUCACCGUCUGCGCCGACUCCAACGGCCACAUGACCACCGACGCCGUCUCCACCGCCAUCCUCCGCCGCGUCGCCCACCGUGCGGGCUGCCGCCUGCAGGUCUUCCAGAUCCGCAACGACUCGCGCAGCGGUGGUACCGUGGGGCCCAUGCUGAGCAGUGCCAUGGGCGUGCGGGCGGCGGAUGCGGGCUUGCCGCAGCUGAGCAUGCAUAGCAUCCGCGCCACCACCGGUAGUCUUGAUCCUGGGUUGGGUGUCAAGUUCUUUCGGGGGUUCCUGGAUCAUUGGGAGGAGAUUGAUGCUGAGUGGCAGUGAUUUUCUUCUUCUUUUCUUCUCCCUUGGCACCGUCUUCUCUGACUGAGUUGUUGUCUUGUUGCAAUGCAUCACACAGGAGGAUGGUGUUCACCAUAGACUGAAGCAUCUUGAAGGGAC